AGCAAUCAACCCUUUUCGUGCAAAAGAAGAGGAACAGUCGGGUUUCCUUCAUCUGAUCGCUUCAAAUCCCUCAUGUCUCGAUCGGGGCCAUCGUGGUUGGUUGAUAGCAAUAGAAUUGCAACAAAAAUCAAAAGUGCAUCUGGUUCAAGUUGUAAUGAAGGAGUUGAUUGGAAUAGCAACCCAACCAAAGCUUGCCCUAACUGUGAACACGUCAUAGACAACAGUGAUGUUACUCAGGAGUGGCCAGGUUUGCCCAGAGGUGUGAAAUUUGAUCCAUCUGACCAGGAAAUCAUAUGGCAUUUACUUGCAAAAGUCAGUGUGGGGAAUUUAAAGCCACAUCCUUUUAUCGAUGAGUUUAUUCCUACUGUAAAUAAGGAAAACGGAAUCUGUUACACUCAUCCAAAGAAUUUACCAGGUGUCAAGCAAGAUGGAAGUGUGUGUCAUUUCUUCCACAGAGUAAUUAAGGCUUACAAUACUGGAACUCGGAAACGUAGAAAGAUACAUGAUGAUUACUUUGGCGAUGUUCGUUGGCACAAGACAGGAAGGACGAAACCAGUAAUUCUUGAUGGGGUCCAAAGAGGCUGUAAGAAGAUUAUGGUUCUGUAUUUGAGUGCAGCCAAAGGGGAAAAAGCUGAGAAAACAAAUUGGGUUAUGCAUCAGUAUCAUCUAGGCACUGAAGAAGAUGAGAAGGAUGGAGAGUAUAUUAUAUCCAAAGUGUUUUACCAACAACUACAAGGAAAACAGACAGAGAAGAUUGAUAAUGAUUUUCUCAAGUGCAAUGAUCCUGUUAUUGUGAAAGUAGAUCCAGUGACACCGAAAUCUGUGACUCCUGACCCUCCUCGAAGUGACAUGAGGAUGAAUCAUUUUAACCUGGAAAAGCAAUCUAAUCCGUCUCCUACAGAUCCCUAUGUUCUGCAUCGUGAGCUGGAUUAUGGGAGUGAUGAAGUUCAAGCUGGGCCAGGAAAGGCUAAUCAUGAAGAAGACAUUAUGUCUGAAACUCAAUACAAUGAAAUCUUUGAGAACAAUGACUUCCAAGGUGGAGAAAACCCCAAGUGGUGGGACAGUGAGUCACAGCAUCAUUUGGAUUCACAGCAACUUGUAGAAGGCCUGUCAUUGUGUGAUGAGUUUCUUCGGAGCCAGUCUCCAACCAGAGAUGGCAGCGAAAACGAACAAUCAAAAGGAAGACCUUGUCUGGCUGAUUAUGCUACUCUUGGAUCCGAGACCCUGAAGAAGGAUUUGGAGGAUUGCCAGGACUUAGUCCUCGAUCCAGCAAACAUAGAACUCGACACACCUCCAGAUUUCCGAUUAAGCCAACUUGAAUUUGCAUCACAGGAGAGCUAUCUUUCAUGGGGGAAAUUGUAAACGAUUUUGUAAAGUUGGGAACUGACAAAUGGCAUCAUUUUGACAAAUUCUCUGUUGCCAAAUGUUGUCUUAAGCAAAUUUCGUUACUAUUUCGGGUGACUUAUCUGAUUUCAUUUUUGAGGGGCAAUAUCCAUCUAUGGUAUUUGAAGUGGGAAGAGUUUUGAACUUAAGAUGUGAAGUCUGAAUUGGAUGUGCUAGCCUCUUCCAGGGGACAGUAUAAACCCCUGGUCUUAAAACACUUGUGUUUUUCCCUAUUGGAUGAUGUUUAUCCAUUUUGAAGGUUCAAAAGUGUAAACAACUUUAAGGAAAUAUAUAUAAUAUAUAUGGAUAUUUUUUGCAUCCCUUUAUUAUUA